CCAACCCCCAACCCCCCCCCCCCCCCCCCCAAAGCCUUGGGGGGACUGGGGCUCAUAAGGAUUUCCACAAUUUUACGUGAUUUUUAGAGUACACAAAUUUAGUCAUAGCACAGAAUUGAACCUGCAGUCACUUAGCGAAACCAUAUUUCUGUGAUUAUGGUUUGUCCUUUGUAAUUUUCAAUAUGAAGUGACUUGUCUUAUGUGUUGUAAUCCAAAAUGCUGCAUGUUAAGAGCUUAAAAGCAGUGCUAUUUUUGUUGCUGUUUAUCUCGCCAUGAGCAUCGCCUAUUUUAGUGAAGCUGUGCAAGUGUACAUCUAGUCCCAGAAAUUAGUCCCCCCCCCACAUCUAAACUACAUAACUCUUAGCUGACCUGGACUGAUUAUUGGACACAUUCAACAAAUGGCUCAUUCUUGCUAAUAAAAUACAGCAUCCUUAAAUCUAUUACACCUUACAUAUUUGUCCCGUGCUUGUUUAUGCGGAAAGUUACUGUUUCUUGUAAAACAUGUUUUCAUGAACUCUGUGAAUUGACUGCUGUGUCUGCUUGCAGGCAGCAUGAUGGCUCCGCAGGUAGUGCUGUGCCCUUGUAGUUCCACAGUUAAUUGUGUGGCCUUUAUUGUAUGCCUGUGUAUGGGUGUCUCAAAAUAUAGUGGCAGUAUAAAACUGAGGAUGUACACCACCUCACGUACUGUCAAAAGGGAUUUACUCCAGUUAGGCAGUGAACAUGUCUGAAUAGAUGGAGGAUUUGUAGUAGUUUUUUAGGUUUGCUUACAAAUAAAUACAAAAAAAGUAAUGACCCAAUUUUUGCAUCACAUUUAUAACCUAAUUGUAAUUCACUGAGUUGAAAGGGGAAAAAAAAAGCAUACUUUGAAAAUGCAUAUUAUCAUGAUUUGAUGCACAAUACAAUUUUUGGAUCAGGUGGUCAAAGAGCAGACCCUAAUGUUCUUUCAAAGAAUAAGGAUCUGGAUGGUUUGUGUAUGUGCCUGAAACUCAAAACAUGCCAAGGAGGGAGGGAAGGGGGGGAACUCAUGGUAGUCAAACUAUCAUUUCUCAGUUUUUGUGCCUCUUGGAUGGUAGUUUUGUAUUGCAUUAAACUUGCCGAUAGGCCUCCUACAGACAUGCUAGAGAGGUGUGAAUCCCAAAUUAUGUACACUGUGAAUGUCGCUACUGCGUUGCCAUGACAGAGGUACAUUUGAUUGAAUAUUUUUUGAUAUAUCAUGAAGAGGUGACAAGUUAGGAACACAGUGUAGUGAAUUGAUUCAGUUUUGAUUUCAGGGGUGUUGUAAUGUCAGACUUCCAUACAGGACUUGAAGAGAGGGGAUAGCCCUAAAGUUCGUUGUGGAAAAAUACGGUUUCAUCUGGGUCAGUUGUCUGUGUUAGUCGUUGACCUGAGCCGUAUACUAACGUGGCUUUGUGUCGGACGGCGUGGUUCGGCGACGCUCAUCCUGGCCACGCCCCCCGUCGUCAUCUGGGCAGCGCGUUCUUGCGUCAUUCUGGCCACGCCCUCCGCCCUUAGCCGAUAUAAAACGAAGACAGGACGGGGACGUCAAAGCAACCAGACGCCAAGGGGCCGCUGAACAGGUGGCAUCGCUGUUGCCUCCUCCACCACCACCCCGCCCCCCCUUUCUUUGCGGAUGAUGUCCUUGGAGCUGCGCUCGGUGACAUAUCACUCUUCCUAUUUUUUUAUGUAAGACCGGCGUCAUAGUUACUUUUCUAUCUUAAUAAAAAUGCCUUUUCCACCGAUUACUCUGCAUCCGCGGAUUUCUUCCCCGGGGAAGGAGCUUUUCAGGAAGAAGAAACCCAACAUCGUACCUCCUCAAUCUGUGCUGAACGGUGCUAAAACUAGUAAAGAAGAAAAAGACUGUGAGUGUGAGAAGGAGAAACUGUCUACCUCUUGGCCAUCGGCGAAUCUCAAGCAGCUGGGACUGAAGCCGCAGCCGCAGGCGAGCAAACUUCCCACGCCGCACAGAGCGGCGCUGGACGUGGGCGCGGAGGGCAAGAGCUCGUGGCUGGCACUGCCGCCGCCGCCGCCGCCCGUGUCCAGCUCGUGCGACAGCGUGGCCCGCUCCAGCUCGGGCGAGUCCGGCGCGCACAAGGGCAGCAAGCACUCGUCCAGGAGCUCCCUAGCCAAGGAGGAAGGCGACGAGGAGAUCCGCUUCACGCUGAGCCUCACCCCGGAGGCCAUCCUGGUCAUCCAGAAGCGCAACCUGGAGAAGCAGAUGAUGGCCAAGCAGCAGAAGUGCUGCGCGUCGGGGGACUUCAGGCACAGGCGCGUCUUCCCGUCGAAGCGCGCGCAGGGGGGCUCGAAAAGUGGCAUCCCCGCUGCUUCCAAGCUGGAGAACCCGGAGGACAUCCGCACGAUCGUGAAGAUCUCCCUGCUGAACGACCAGUACAAGUACGACGACGUGGAGUACGAGGAGGAGGACGGCGACGUGGACGAGACGGUCAUGAGGAAGUGUAAAGAGUGGCUCAAGGGGGUGGAAAGUGCCGCGGCUUUCAGCAAAGUGGACAAGCUGGCCAGUGUACAGCACCUGAAAAGCUGCUGAUGCCGCCGCCGCCGCUGCCUCGGUGGGUGGUGGACAGCGGAGCGGGCUUUGGUUUGGUCUCCAGCCGCACCGUCUGGGCGGAAUGUCUCCUGCGUCCUGGAUGGAUGGAGCCUGUGCGUCAGGAACAGACGCGCGUCGCCAUCGCCGUGGCUGCAGUGCUGCUGCUGCUGCUGCUGCUGCUCAUGAGCGCUGCUUCUUUGCACAGAGCCUUGUCCUCACGAAGCUUUCCCCCCUCGCUCGUGGUGUGUGUACGGAAAGGAGGGAUGGAUUGAUGGAUGUCGGGCUGGGAAAUGUCGGCAUCAACAGGAGGAUCCCACUUGUUAGCCUGUUUCCUUCCCUUUGUGCUGCCGAACAAAAGGGGUUGGCGAGACAGGCGAGCUGAUGACUGUUUUAUUAUCCUGUCUGACACACGUUUGUAUGUUGCAGAUGCUGAAUAAAGAAGGUGUCACACGAA